AUGAGUCGGAUCUUGCGAGAUCAUCAGCAGGAAAACCUUCAGACUGUGGAAAAGGAAGCAUCAAAGCUCGAUGACGUCUCCGAGGAGCUAUUGUCGGACAGCGCCCUCAUUCGAGCGCUCUCACUCGGUCAGGGCGAGUGGAAGCGCGUUCCACUCGCUGUGCGACAGCACCUCCGACACGUCUUCUCUCGGGUAUCGAGACUCGAAAACCAAGUUCUGCCGUCCAACUGGGAGGAGGUUUUUACGUGUCUUCCGCUGCAGGAACGCGUUCGUGCUUGUGAGCAGCGCAUUCGCAGCCUCGAGCGCAAGCAAGCCGCGCAGCAGCGUCAGCCAAGUGGUGCAGGACCCGAAACGGUUACCCACCAAGACAGUAAGACUCAGUUUGAGAGCCUCCACGAAGCCGUUCUGAACUUGGCAUGCAAAACCGCCGCAUCGGUGCGGAGCCUCGAUACGCGCUUGCGGCAUCUGGAGCAAGCGCGUCGGAGUACAAGCUCGGGAGCGAAUCAAGAACAUGUUGCGGAGCACAACGAGCAGAGCAUCGCGGAAAUCGCUCAGUCAUUGGCAGCGCUCCAGCAGCAGGUCAAGGAACUGCAGGAGAACGCCGGAAACCUCUUGCGAUCUGGCUGCAACGAGUCGACGCCGUCUGCAGCCGUCGAGCCGAGCCCCCUCUUCGCCGUUACACGUCUAGAUAAGACCAUUGGCUCGUUGCAGGCGCAGCUCUCGGGACUGCUCCAAGACCAGCGGAGACAAGAGAAUUCGACCGAGAAACCCAGUAUGGCGAGCGGCAUCGAUUGGCAAACCCGAAUUCCGGAGAUCGUCCGCGAGCAGCUUCGAGCGGCCGGUCUCGUGGAGCCACUGGAAACUACCGUAGAGCGAUGUGUUGCGCGAGCCGUGCAAGCGCUUCGAGACGAGAUGCGUCAGUGCCUCGUCGAUAAGGUAGACCGGGACGCCUUGGACGCCCGACUCGUCAAUCGUCCAAGCAAGGCCAGUGUGUUGCAAGCAUUCCAAAAAUUACGCGAUACCAUGCGCUCAGAGAUGGGAGCACUCGAGGAUCGCCUUUUACAGCGCAUAAGCCGAGAGCCGGGCAUCGCUGCCGAACUCGAGCAAUGCCGCGUCGAGCUCAAACGGAUAGAGGCUCAAUGCCACGAACGAGGUGAGCGUCUCGAACGCGACCUAUUGGAUACGCGUCAGCGCCUGGAGCCACUCGAAGCACGUAUGUCCGCAAAUAAUCGCGAAUACUCCUCGUUUUUACUGUCGUUGCGAACACCACCAAGUCAGGGUGAUGCACGAGAAGGCACUGCUCCAGCGGUAGAAGCAGCGGUGCAGGCACCGGCUCACGAGGCUGAUGCCGACUGUCAGGCAGCUCCGUCAGCCCAGACAGAAUCCGUCGUUUCCGAAGCCGGAAAGCGUCUCGUCCGCCCGACUAGCGCUUGCCAUGAACAAGGUGAGCAGCCCGCGUUCAGCGAUGAGAUGGAUGCGCUGUGCAGGGAACUCGAGGCGUUGCAGCGCCAACUCAUGCAGCUGACGCAUCGGGAGGGCAUUACGCCCGUUUCCAAUGCCGCAACGGGUCAUCAGGUCGCGGCGGAAGUGCAUACAGUGACGCGUUCACCAUCGCGCGAGCACACAUCCGGUCAUUACGCGAAUCUUGAUACAGAAAAGGCGGCGGAUAUUCGUCCAGCGAAAGCUCACGAAUCCGACUCCCAGGAAAGUGACAGCGGUGAUCCCCGGCACGACGGUUGCCGGCAAGGCGCACCAAUGCCACCACCGGGCGACGCUGCGCAGCUACCCCUCGCUGAUGCACGAUCCCGCACUGAGGCAUUCGAGCGUACCGGGCGACACAGAGCAGCGCUAUCCGCGAAUGCACUGCCAAACACGCCGUAUUCAAAGCGCCGCGUGAAGCGCUCGCCCGCGGCGCCUGCGUCCGAUGCAGGGCGCACCACACCGCCCGCACUGACCAAGACACCGCAGCCAAAAACCCGACACGCAACCAAGCAUGAACCAGAAGGGUCUCUAUCAGCGCCACCGCUACCGUCAAAACUGGCUUUCGGUGAAGAUGCGCCGCCCCAGGCCCUGGAUACCUCGACACCGUCAGCAGCAACCUGGUAUCAUCGUCGUGCGAGCCUCGCGAAUAGUGCUUCCAAGCAAUGCGAAGAAUUGGAGCGCUCCGUAUUGCUCGCUGACCCAGACGAAACCCUGAACCAAGCGGAAGCCGUGCACGUCCUCCAUUCCAUAGACAAGUUCUUGAAUGAGUGGCGCACUGCCUUACAGGAACGCACCUGGGCUCGAUCAAUCGAAGACGAGAAUAGUCGAGCGAUUGGUCUGGCACUUGCCGAGGUCCGCGGCUAUCUCAACGCCGAAAUGUGCGCUGAACGCGGUCUCCGUGAGGCCGCCCAACGUCUCUUUGCGCUCGCUCACUCUAUUGAGGAGCGCAUGGACCAUGAACGAGCAGCGUAG